AUGUUACCUCUUUUCUUCUUCCUUCUGCUGCUUCCCAGUACUGUUUAUUCAGUUUAUUUCCAAAUAACUAGAUUUUAUCCCAGUUCCACCGACAUGCUAUAUAUGGGUGAUGCUGUACCUUCUAAUGGAGCCAUUGCAAUGAACCAGCUUGAUGGUAAUUAUUUUUGCCGAAUUGGUUGGGUCGUCUAUGCUAGGAAGGUGCCGCUCUGGGACUCUGAAACGGGAAAGCUCACUGAUUUUACCACACAUUACUCGUUCACUAUCACGACUCCUCCUAGUCCACUUUAUGCCGGUGGGCUUGCAUUCUUCCUGGCUCCUGUUGGCUUCGAAAUACCACCAAAUUCAGCAGGUGGAUUUCUAGGCCUAUUCAACACCACGACCAGUACUUUGUCACAACAAAACAAAAUUGUUCUUGUUGAGUUCGAUUCAUUUGUGAACUCUGAAUGGGAUCCUGAAGUUCAGCAUGUGGGGAUUAGCAUCAACUCCCUCAAAUCUGUUAAUUAUACUGCUUGGAAUGCUAGCUUGCAUAGUGAAGAUACUGCUGAUGUAUGGGUUACGUAUACUGCUUCUACGAAGAAGUUGAGUGUCUCCUGGAAAUACGGAACAACCUCUAAUGCUGGGGAGAAUACCAGUCUUUCUUAUGAAAUUGAUCUCAUGCAGGUUCUUCCUGAGUGGGUCACAGUUGGAUUUUCAGCUGCUAGAGGCUCGAGUAUUUUAGAGCGACAUACACUUCAAUCGUGGGAAUUCAACUCAACUUUAGACAUAGCGGAACCAAAUGGAAAGAAUGCUAGAAAAAUGACAAUACUGGUCAGUAUAACGAUAUCAGGUGGCAUUCUGAUAGCUGGGGCAUCAUUAACAUUUGUAAUACUGCGGAAAUGGAAGGGAAAGAAAAAGAAAACUCCAGAGACGAUGAACUUAAGAUCAAUUAAUGACGACCUUGAGCGAGGGGCAGGACCAAGAAGGUUUUCCUACGGAGAUCUUGCGUCAGCCACCAACAACUUUUCAAAUGAAAGGAAGUUGGGUGAAGGAGGGUUUGGUGCUGUUUACAAGGGGUACUUGAUUGAAUUGGACAUCGCAGUUGCUGUUAAGAAAAUUUCGCGGGGGUCUAAACAAGGAAGAAAAGAAUACUUAACUGAGGUGAAGAUCAUUAGCCGACUGAGGCACAAGAACCUGGUUCAACUCAUAGGAUGGUGCCAUGACAGAGGUGAGUUCCUACUUGUCUACGAGUUUAUGCCUAAUGGUAGCCUUGAUGCUCACCUCUUUGGUAAGAGGAAUCCUCUCACUUGGGCACUGAGACACAAGAUAGCUACUGGGUUGGCAUCUGCAUUACUCUAUCUUCAUGAAGAGUGGGAGCAAUGUGUAAUACACCGGGAUAUCAAAUCAAGCAAUGUCAUGCUUGAUUCUAGUUUCAAUGUGAAGCUUGGAGACUUUGGAUUAGCACGGCUCAUGGACCAUGAGGCGCUGGGUCCUCAGACAACUGGGUUGGCUGGUACUUUAGGCUACAUGGCUCCCGAAUACGUAUCCACUGGUAGGGCUAGUAAAGAGUCAGAUGUAUAUAGCUACGGGGUGGUUGCCUUAGAAAUUGCUACUGGGAGAAAGCCAGUUGAUCUCCCAGAUAAGGAUUCUGCAAUGGGAUUGGUAGAGUGGGUUUGGAAUCUUUAUGGAAGCGGAAGGCUUCCUAUGGCCAUUGAUGAGAGAAUGCGUAUGGAUUUCGACCUGAAACAGAUUGAGUGUUUAAUGAUUGUAGGACUAUGGUGUACUUACCCAGAUCGAAGUUUAAGGCCAUCAAUAAGACAGGCAAUUAAAGUUCUUAAUUUUGAGGCAACAAUGCCAAAUCUUCCUAUGAUGAUGCCUGUUCCUUUUUAUCACAUACAAACCCCGUUGGUCAGCUCUGGUGAACCUUUGAUAACUACAAGCCUUGAGCAUGGUCGUUGA